CACGCACAACUGUAUGCUUUAACAGUACUGAGUGUGCUGAAAAGAUCUUCAGUACGAGCAUUAGGGCCUUUUAUGAUUUCAUGACCCUGAUCACACCCUGGACAUUUUUCACCACAGAUACAAGUAUAAGAAUACAAGUAUUGGGUUUCAAUAAUACUCAAGUAAAGUAUACGGACAUAAAAUGAUACUUCAGUAUAGUAAAAAUAAAAGUACAAUUACGAAUAUGAGGAAAGGUCUAUGAUGUAGAAUAUAAAGCACUUCUAUAAGCUGCUCUGGGCAGAAAAUGUCUGCAUAAUGAUAUAAAUGUAAAGGUUUUGAGUGUUGAAUUCUGAAAAGUGUUUGAUGAUGUAUGAUGUUGUCUCACCUCAACUUCCUGUCCUUUUUUACACACAGAGUAUAUGUACAAAACCACACAGAGUUCUUUAGAACUGGGGGCUGCGGUGGAGAUAGAGAUCUAUGCUUAAAACAGAUUGAAGUCUCAUUGUAGUUCCAGUGUCUUUAUAGAGAGAUGAUGAAAUCAGUUUAUGAAAACUCGAGAUUUGCAGCACACAGCAGUUCAGCUGAUCUAAACGAUAGCACGGACUCGUAUGAAGAUAUCUACGCGAAUGAAGAUGUAAUAGAAAUGCGAGUGACCAGAAGCAAUAAAGAGACUAUGACUUCAGAACCAAACACCUCAGGACAUAGAUGCUACAGACUGGCUGUGGUGUGUCUGCUGAUGCUGAUUGUUCUUCUGCUGGCUGCCAUCGCAAUACUGUGGUUCAAGCUGACUACAGAGAAAGACCAAAUACAGACCAGUUAUAACAACAUGAUUACACAGAGAUACCAGUUAGAGACCAGUUGCAGCAACCUGACUGCUGAGCGAGAACAGUUACAGACCAGUUACAGAAAGCUGACUGCUGAGAGAGACCAGUUAACGACCAGUUAUAAAAAAUCAGCUGAAGAAAGAGACCAGUUUCUGAGGAAGACAGAAGAACUCCAGAACAGGAUUUCUCAACUGAAGAGAAACAUUAAUACACCAGGAUGGAAAUACUUCAGCUCCAGUAUUUACUACAUCUCUACUGAGAAGAAGAGCUGGAGUGAGAGCAGACACGACUGCCAGGGAAAAGGAGCAGACCUGGUGAUCAUAAACAGCAGAGAGGAACAGAAUAUUGUUGUCUGCUUUUUCUGUAACUUUGUUACUCCUCACCAGGACUUUGUGGAUCUGUGGAGAAGAGGUGAGGCGGGUUGGAUUGGUCUGAGUGACAGAGAAAGGGAAGGGGUCUGGAAAUGGGUGGAUGGUACACAACUGACCAAUGGGUUCUGGGGUGAUGGAGAACCCAACAGCAGAGGUGAUGAGGACUGUGCUUUAUCUGGCUAUUGGGCUAAAUCUCUUCCGAAUUGGGUUGAUAUUUCCUGUAAUGACCGGUAUGUCUGGAUCUGUGAGAAGAAAAUUUAAAGCUGAAAUGUGAUAUAUGAAUGAAACUGAUUUCAGGUCAUAAUUUUUCUUAAAUAAUCUGAUGUUUGUAUUGGUGGAGAGAGAAUAAAACUCUUAGCUCUUUAUGCUAAAACAUUUUCUUUUACACUUACAUAUUUCUACUUUAAUGGAUUAUGUUAACCUUGUAAAAUCUGACUUUAUUCAUUUAUACAGGAAAACUUAAUAAACAUGACG